CACGGACAGACCCUGUGCCCCAGACUCGUCCUAUUGUAUACCAUUCGUGUUCUUUUCAAACUCAAUCGCCACUCCAUCUCCGGCGCCAUCAUCUCUCCGACCGUCUUUACCUUGCAGUACACCUCCACCCCGUCACUCGCUCCCACCUCAUCCACAAUGGCCGCCGCAGCCGCGCCCUCGCAGCAGGCAUCGUCCAUCUUCCCCAAGAGCCACGUCGGUUUCGACAGCAUCACGCAGCAGAUUGAGAAGAAGCUGCUCAAGCGCGGUUUCCAAUUCAAUGUCAUCUGCGUUGGUCAGACCGGUCUGGGCAAGUCGACUCUCAUCAACACCAUCUUCGCCUCGCACCUGAUCGACUCAAAGGGUCGUUUCACCCCCGACGAGCAGGGCCGCUCCACCACUGAGAUCCACCCCGUCACUCACGUCAUUGAGGAGAACGGUGUCCGUCUGCGCUUGAACAUUGUCGACACUCCCGGAUACGGCGACCUGGUCAACAACGACAGAUGCUGGGACCCCAUUGUCAAGUACAUCAAGGACCAACACUCGGCAUACCUGCGCAAGGAGCUCACCGCCCAGCGCGACCGCUACAUCCAAGACACUCGCAUCCACUGCUGCCUGUACUUCAUCCAGCCCACUGGUCACGCCCUCAAGCCUAUCGACAUAGUUGUUCUGAAGAAGUUGAGCGAGAUUGUCAACGUUGUUCCCGUCAUUGCAAAGGCCGACGCCUUGACUCUGGAAGAGCGUCAGCAGUUCAAGGACAGAAUCAGAGACGAGUUUGCCUUCCACAACAUCCGCCUCUACCCUUACGACAACGACGAGUACGACCACGAGGAGACUGCCGUCAACCAGCAGAUCAAGAACCUCAUUCCUUUCGCCGUUAUUGGCAGCGACAAGACCCUCAACAUCAACGGCCGCACCGUUCGCGGUAGACAAAACAAGUGGGGAGUCAUCAAUGUCGAGGAUGAGAACCACUGCGAGUUCAUCUACCUCCGCAACUUCCUCACCCAGACACACUUGCAAGACUUGAUCGAGACCACCAGCCAGAUCCACUACGAAUCAUUCAGAGCCAAGCAAUUGCUUGCCCUCAAGGAGAGCAGUGCCGCCGGUCCCCAUGGGGGUAGCAGACCCAUCAGCCCAAGCGCCGACCGCGAGCUCAGCCGUAACAGCAACAGAAUGACCAUGAACGGAUACAACUAGACGGACGCACACACACACAACAGAACAAGGUGUUUGACAGAGGGAACUGUAGGCCGGCCGAUAAUCCAGGUCUCUCGGGAAGCGCUUGAUUGAGAUACCAUCUUCUGUUUUUGUUUUAGCAUCUCUUUCCACCCUCUUUCUCUUCCUCAAAAGCAAUUCCCCAGGCCAUCUUCUA